AGCAAAACGAAAGAGUUCGGUUUGGAGUUUUGUGCAGGGUGGCUAGUACAAGAACAACAGCAGACGCAGUGAUGAGAUCACAGAGAUCUUUAAUCCUCAUUCUGACCAAACACUGCCGCCCUCAUCACUGGCAUCAUCAAGGGCUCCUAUAGGCUCAGAAAGAAUUCCUCUUCCCUAUAGCCUUUAUUUACUGUUUCACCACCUCCACACAAACCUCACUCACUCUCUCUCUUCUCUCUCUCUCUCAGUAUGGAAAAAUUGCAGGAGGUUUCCCAAGAAAAUCCCUCUUGAAAUAGGGUGUUUCUAGUUCCCUGAGUUUGCUCGGUCAAGCGGGGAAUAUUAACCGAUUGACAUAUUUUCAGUUUGGCUGGGGGUGUAUUUACUGCUAGGUACAUCAAAUAGGCAUAAUUAUCAAAAGUUGUGUAUAGAGAGAGAGAUGGGUUAGGUUGAAAAUAGAGCUGGUCUUAGCCUUCUGGGUCUGGUUUGUAGUAUUUCUUUUUUUCAGCCUAGAGGGCUUUGGUUUGUGGUGUUGGGUAAUGGAAACUGGAAAAACUGAAUGGCAGAGCCUUUUAGGAGAAGCAGAAGCAGUAGAAUCAGGUUUCAGUGUGGUGGCAGCUGCACAAGCAAUAAGAAUAGAGUGGGGAGCAAAGGGAGUGUAAAGAAUCAUCAACCCACUGAGAAAAAGCGUGCUGCUCCUUUAAAAGCUGGAAGGGGAAAAGCACAAGGGCCUGAGUCUGGAUCCUCAAAGGAAUCAUCAUCACCAUCAAAACCUCGUUCUAAAUUCAAGGCAUGUAGAAGAAGGAGAAGAAGAAGACCAAGAUUCACCGUCGCAACAAAAAGAAUAUCACCAUCAUCAACAGCAGGAGGCAUCCUUCUAUUUCCAGCACCACUACCCCCAUCAAAACCAACACCAUCCCCAACAUUUGUAUGGAGGAUUAGACGCACAACCACAGCCACCGCAGCCCCCAAAGAAACGCUCUUAUUUUACUCCUCCUUCAGCUUGCAUCGAAUAUGCAAGACAAAUGGGGGAGAGCCACCACCAAGCCACAACAUCGUCAAGAUUGGGGAUAAGAAGUGGAGGCGGCGAGAUAGUGGAGGUCCAAGGAGGCCACAUUGUUCGCUCCACUGGACGCAAGGACCGCCACAGCAAGGUCUGCACCGCCAAGGGGCCCAGGGACCGCCGUGUCCGUCUCUCCGCCCACACAGCUAUCCAGUUCUACGAUGUCCAGGACCGCCUUGGCUACGACCGCCCCAGCAAGGCAGUGGAUUGGCUCAUAAAAAAGGCCAAGGCCGCCAUCGACGACCUUGCCGAGCUCCCAGCAUGGAACCCAACCACCACUUCCACCACCUCACAACAAGAGCAGCAUCACCUGCCGCCGCAGAUCAUCGACGAGAACGAGAACGCAAUUGCUAUCCACCGGAGUGGUGCGGUGGAUACCAUUGCUUCUGGAAGUAGAACUGCAACGGUGGGUUGCGAUGGUGGCAGAGUUUCAGAAAUUAAUAUGCAUAACCUUCAACCACCACAAAUGGGCGAGAACCCGAAUAAUAGUUCGAGUUUUCUUCCACCAUCGCUGGACUCGGACUCUAUUGCUGACACAAUUAAGUCCUUUUUCCCAACGGGUGCAUCGGCCGAGACAGCACACUCUUCUCCGCCGAUACAUUUUCAGAAUUACCCACCAGAUUUGCUGUCAAGAACUAGCAGCCAGAGCCAAGAUCUGCGGCUCUCACUUCAGUCUUUUCACGACCCAAUCGAUCUCCUGCACCAACACCAGCACCAGGCUCAAACCCAUCAUAAUCAAAAUGAGCCGGUGCUGUUUUUCUCUGGAACUACCCCGUUGGGUUUUGAUGGAUCCUCUGCCGGGUGGCCUGAGCACCACAACCCAGCAGAGAUUGGCCGGUUCCAGAGAAUGAUAGCUUGGAAUGCUGCUGGUGCAGAAACUGGUAGUGGCAGCAGUGGAGGCAGUGGUGGAUUCAUCUUCUUCGCCGCCCCACCGCCGUUCCUCGGCCAAAACCAGUUUUUUCCACAGAGGGGACCCCUUCAGUCCAGUAACAACACACCUUCCAUUCGCGCUUGGAUAGACCCGUCAAUUGGCACCGUCUCCGCCCAUCACCAUCAACUUCCGCCAUCAAUCCAUCAGCCUUCGAUGUCGGGCAUCGGGUUUGCCUCCGGCGGAUUCUCCGGGUUUCGAAUUCCAGCGCGAAUCCAGGGUGAAGAGGAGCACGACGGCAUCUCCGAGAAGCCGUCUUCUGCUUCCUCUGAUUCUCGCCAUUGAUCGACCAAAUAAAAUAACCGAUUUCCCUCUCUUUGCAAGGGCUCUUCUAUUGUCUACAAGGAGACCAAGGAAAUUAGCUAUGAUGUCAAUUGAGAAUGGGGAGAGAGGGAAUUUUCAGUCAAUUUGGUCCGAUGGCAUAUUCCGCGGAUAGAAAAAAAUCUAAGUUCCUUUCAGGCUAUUAUUCUGUCCCCGGUUUGUUUAGUUUCUAUCACCUGAGUAUGCUCUACCUUUGUUGUGAUGUUUGAGUGAGCUGUUAAAGCUCGACUUUGUUUAAGCUUUGUUGGAUUUCUGCGUGUUUCUGUUGUGAGAAUCUGUAUGUCAAGUCGUCUGCUUUCACUUUCA